AAGUGGCGAAAUGUGUGCAGUCAAGGAGGUUACCCUGUUUUCAGAUGAUCCUAAGUCUAUGGAAAGUGCUAAGCAAUUUAUGCAGGAAAUUCAUUUAUUAAGCCGUUUACAGCAUCCAAAUAUUGUGCAGUAUUAUGGUUCUGAAACGGUUGAUGACAAGCUUUACAUAUACCUUGAGUAUGUAUCUGGAGGCUCUAUACAUAAACUUCUUCGAGAAUAUGGGCAGUUUGGUGAACUAGUUAUUCGUAGUUAUACUCAACAAAUUUUAUCAGGGCUUGCUUAUUUACACGCUAAAAAUACUCUGCAUAGGGACAUCAAAGGAGCAAAUAUACUGGUAGAUCCAAAUGGCCGGGUCAAGUUGGCAGACUUUGGCAUGGCAAAACAUGUAAGCCUAGAGAUAAUUACUAUCUGGUAUCCAUUAUAUCUACAUUUAAGCUAAGUGAGUUAGAUAUGGAAAUUUUAUUGUAAUUCCUAGUGAACUUAUGAAUCUGCUGGACUCAAGAUUCAAGAAAUAAACAAAUUGAAUCUGAAAAACUACAGAAAUAAUCUAGGUUUUAGGCCAGAUUUUAGUACAAUCAUCAACAAACACUGGGUUUCCCCCUAAUGCAAGGUUUCUGUUAGUAUCUAAAUUGCAAGAUACAAGACUUGAGUUCCACAUUAGAAGUAUGGGAUUUUAGUGGCAUUUUAUAAGAUCUCGUGCUUUAUUUACAACACAACUUCUAGCUUUUGUGAUAUAAUUCUCCCAAGGUACUUAUUGAUUGGUAUUAGAGUUUUUCACCAUGUCUCUUAGUAACAUUGAUAUUGCAGUGCAUGGUAGUAAGUAUCGGAUG